GGGCCCACCGACCCCGCCUCGCUGCCGCCCGGGGACCCGCAGCUCAUCGCCAUCAUCGUGGAGCAGCUCAAGAGCCGCGGCCUCUUCGACGGCUUCCGCCGCGACUGCCUGGCCGACGUGGACACCAAGCCAGCCUAUCAGAACCUGAGGCAGAAAGUCGACAACUUUGUCUCAACUCACCUGGACAAGCAGGAAUGGAACCCAGCCAUGAACAAGAACCAGUUACGGAAUGGGCUGAGGCAGAGUGUGAUCCAGGAGAUCCUGCUGCUGAGCAGCUGCAAUUGCAACAUGCCCUGUUAGACUGGCAAUGGUUUCCUUGUUCCCUUUGGUGCAGGAUUGCUGUCUGCCAAAGAUGAUUAACCUUUGUUAGGCCUGUGGGAAAUAGGCACUGAAAUGGGGAAAUUCAGGUGCACCUGGAGUUCUGCCUGUGGAGGGACAGCCCAAGUGUGGAGAGAUUUUUGCAGCCUGUAUUCAUUAGUCAUGCCUUUGGGCAAGGGGGUGGGAAGGAGAAAAGGGAGUUGUCUGCUGUCUGGAGGGAGUGGGGAAAUGGGGCUGAGGCUCUCCAAGGAGCACAAAGAAAGGAAGGAGGGUUUGGGGGUGGGGUAUUUUUUGGAGACCAAGUAGAGCUGUCAGAUUUCCUUUGAUAGAAGCCAGAGGAGGGGAAGCCUCUGCUGGGUUCCAGUGAGCAGCAGGUGCCAGGUCAGGUGGAACUCACUGCACUGCCUGCUUUGGGAAAGGCAUUUCCUGUUCAAAACUGGAGCUGAAGCUUCGGGAUCCAUUAUCCAGACAAAUUCUGUUGAACACAGGAACAUGUUUACAGUUGGCUAUUGCUAUAGCUGAUGUCACUCCUGUUUCCCAGGGAACUCUGGGGAACAAAGGGCACACCAGAGUUGGGGAUCUGGUGGAAAUUUGUCUUUUUCUGCUUGGAAGACUUUUCUUUCUCAGGUGCCUGGUGGAAACUGUCCUAUGCUUUCAGCUCGAAUGCAUGCAGUGUCCUCUGGAUGACAGUCAAAUGGAGAAUGUGAUAACCUGUUCUGCCAGCAAAUGUCCACACCUUUUUGCAAUAAAACACCUCAAAAAGCA